AAACAUUUGGCGGCUGCUGCUGCUGCUGUCAGACGAAGGGCUGGCCUCAUGGUAAUGACUGGAGUCAGGUAUCCACCGGCCAGACCCAGUCUAGCCCACCACGGGAACGGGUUCAGACACGAAGCAAGGCGGUCCCGGUGACUCUCCGACACGGUUUCGCUUCGUUUUCUCACGAAUGUCGCCGCUUUUCCCCCUGAAAUCAAACUUUACUGAGCGGUAAAGUUUGAGGAAAAUUUCCCGACGUCGCGCUCAUGUGAAAGCUUCGCGUUUCAGAGCCAGGUCGCCACUCAGGUGUUUUGCUAACGUUACACAGGAGGACUUGUGUUAUUUAUUUAUUUUUUCACCUUAUUUCUUCCUUUCUCGCCACAAAACGCAUCGAACUGGAAGAAAGUUGGCAGUGUUUUUUUUUUUUUUUUUCUUUUUUUUUUUUUGCGCUGUUUUGGUCUAGUUUCGCAGUAGCUCGCUUCAGUUUUCUACUUGGUUUCAUUUUGAAUAUUUCAUUGGACUUGCUGUAUCAAGUGGCCACGUUGAAACAGGUGCCAGUAUGGAUGAAGCAGAGAAGUACCAGCAGAGACUGCAGGCCAUUGCUGAGAAGCGGCGGCUGCAGGAGGAGCAGGACAGAGCCAGAAGAGAGAUGGAGGAUGAGAAGCUGAGACUACAGCAGCUCAAGAGGAAAUCUCUGAGGGAUCAGUGGUUGAUGGAGGGUCCUCCGCUGUCCCCGACCUCCUCAGAUGCCCAGAGUCCCCGCUCACCUCUGUGGGGCUCCCAGGCCCAGGAGAUUGAAAAACACAUUGACAAAUUGCAGACAGAGAGUCAGCGGUUGGCAGAGGAGGAGAAGAAGCUGAAAGAGCAGAUGGAAGAUGGCCAAACGGAAGCAGAAAAUGUGGCAGAGGCUGCAGCUGAGGUUGUUCAAAGUGGUGUUGUUGAAAACGGAGAAGAGAAAACCUCAGGAUCAGAAACAACUGAAGAUGUAGUGAAGGAAAACUCAUCGCUGCAACAGGAUGAAAUGGCUACUGUCCUAACCAAUGGCGGAGGUGAGGUGGAGACAGAGGACAGUCACAGUGCCUUAGAAGAGAAUGUCCCAUCCAGCACCAAUGGACCAGUGGGAUCCCCUGAUGACACUAUUACCAUGACGUUCCCGGGUUGUUCUGAGGCAGAGCCUGAUCAGGUUCCAGAUGUCAAGAUUAAUGAAGAGGAGGAAGGCACUCUGGUGAUGCGAGCAGAACGAGUGAUCAUCACAGAUGAUGGGGAUGAUAUACCUGAGGAUACCAGUCCUCAGGAAGAGCAGCAGGAGGCUGGGGAGUCGGAGAGCUCCCCUCAGCCAAAGCCACAAGUGCCUGAGGAGGCAGGGGAGGCGGCAGAUGAGGUUGUGAAAGCAGAAGUAGCUCCAGACACGUCCAGUGAACCAAAAGGAGGAGAGGAGAGGAGUGAGACUAUUUCACCCACUGCAGAGGCAGAAACAGCAGCUGGAGACACAGACAACACAGAGGGAGAUGUAAAGGCAACUGAAAAUGAGGAUAGAGAGACUAAAACUGAGGGAGAGGAAGAAGAGGAGAAAUUAGAGGCUCCUACCUCUGUGCAGGUGCAGUCUCCAGCCGAUGCUCUAGAGGGCACUACAGUGGCCUCGGUGCCAGUCUAUUCUGAGGCACAGCCCUCCUCUCUCGCCCCAAAUGCAGAGGAUGAGGCUGCGGCUGCACCAGAGGGCGGGGCACCAGAGGGGGCAGAGGCAGCCUUGAUAACCCAGGACCCUGCCACCCUUCCUGGCCAGUUCCAGGAGGUGUCUCUGGCUGAUCCCCAGGAAAACCAGAGGACAGAAGCAGGGCCAAGGGAACAAGAGCCCCUGUUGUCCCAGGCCAAACCCCCCCAGACCCAAGCAGAGCCAGCAGCGGUCAGCAGCCCAGCCAGCACAGAGACUUAUACCCCAACUAGGGCCAACCAAGGUGGGGAGACUGCAGCUCCCAAACAUAAAAGUUGCCAGUGCUGCUCUGUCAUGUGAAUGCCACCUCUGACCCUCUUUUUUUUCCCUCUUUCCCUCUCUGGUCUAUAUCUUUCACUCUGUCUCGUUUUCAUUUUAUAACAUGCUCCUUCUCACUCCCCUUGUUUUGGUCCCAUAACAUUUUUUCACAUCAGCGUGAGCACUCGUUACUCCCCUUUGUCUGUUGCCCUGUUCUCCCCUAUUCGUCUUGAAAUCCCCUUGAAACUCACUGUCGAGCUUUGAUACUCCAGGAAGGAUUGAGCUCUCUCCAAUAUGGUGAAGGGUAGUGAGGAUAUGACAGUGUUCAUGUGCCUUGUGGAGCUCCCUACCCAGGAGUGCAGCUUUAAAUUCCUUCACACAAUGUGGCUUAUAGACCAAAAAUGUGUGCUUUUUUUCAAUCUGGGUGAGCUUGAGUUGAGUUACCUCUUCAGCAAACUAAGUAACCAGCCAGUCGGUCUACUCUUCGCUGUAGUUGUCAUCUAGUAGUAAAUUGUUACUGAAAAACAGGACCAAAGAUGUAUUAUUUGCAGAUCUCUUAUGUAUAAUUAAUUAAUUAAUUAAUCUUUUUGGAAGUCAACUGGAAAACGUGUGAAGAUCCAGAAAAACUGUGAGGAUGGUAUAUUGCUAUUUUAAUGAUUUAGGAGCUGAAUUGUUUUAAUGAUUGUUGUAUUUUGUUAAAGAUAGCUAUUUUUAAUCCAACUACAGGGCCUGAACUUUUUUUAUUUACUCUAUAAUUACCAUGAAUACAGGAGAUCCAUUAACUGAUUGCAUGAAAUGGUCUGCUUUAUAAACAGUAUGGUAUGGACCACAGAAUAUUAUUUUUUGUGGGCUGUUACUUUUAAAAGGGAUUUGUUUUAGAAUAGUUGUAACUGUCAAUUUUGUAUUUUACUAAAUGUACUUUUCAAGAGAGGCUCCUUAGAUUUUGAGAUUGCUUUGUGCAUCGCUGUACAUAUAUCAUAAGUAUCUGGAACUGAGUGGCUGUGUUGUUGUACAGAAACUUCCUUUGUUUUAAGCUUGUCAGUUUUGAAAUGGGCAAGAUGUUUAAUGAUUAAACUGACAUUUGUGAAACAUUG